AUGCGUUUAAUAUCACGGUCAAUCACCGACAGAAACCAGAACCAGCUCUCAAAAGAGCUAUCCCAUUGUCUACAGAAACCAGAAGCAGCUCUCAAAAGAGCUAUCCCAUUGUACACAGAAACCAGAAGCAGCUCUCAAAAGAGCUAUUCCAUCGUACACAGAAACCAGAAGCAGCUCCCAAAAGAGCUAUUCCAUCAUACACAGAAACAAGAAGCAGCUCUCAAAAGAGCUAUCCCAUUGUCUACAGAAACCAGAAGCAGCUCUCAAAAGAGCUAUCCCAUCGUACACAGAAACCAGAAGCAGCUCUCAAAAGAGCUAUCCCAUUGUCCACAGAAACCAGAAGCAGCUCUCAAAAGAGCUAUUCCAUCAUACACAGAGACCAGGAGCUCUCAAAAGAGCUAUCCCAUCAUCCACAGAAACCAGAAGCAGCUCACAAAAGAGCCAUCCCAUCUUCCACAGAAGCAGCUCGCAAGCAAGGUAUGCCAUCACCUG